UCUUUAUCUUUCCCCUCCGCAGUGACGCCAGCCCCUCUAACUGGGCCGUGAGUCUGGGGUCUGUGCUGCGCUCGGGGAUCGGAGCGCUGGUGAUCCCCAUCCAGAGGGUCGUCAUCCACCCGGCCUUCAACGGCUCCACCAUGGAGCACGACGUGGCUCUGUUGGAGCUGGCGGUCCCAGCCCCCAUGUCCUACACCAUCCAGUCCGCCUGCCUCCCCUCCCCCGUGCAUCGCUUCCCCAAAGAGGCAGAGUGCUACGUCACAGGCUGGGGGUCCAUGAGGGAGGGAGGCUCGUUGACCAACAUGCUGCAGAAGGCUGCAGUGAGCAUCAUCGAGCAGGCAGACUGCAAACAGCCGUACAGAGACGCUCUGACUCCUAACAUGAUGUGUGCCGGAUACAUGGAGGGAGGAAGGGACACCUGCUGGGGUGACUCUGGAGGCCCUCUGACUUGCCGGGAGCCGUCCGGUCACUGGUUUGUUGCCGGAGUCACCAGCUGGGGACAUGGCUGUGGACGAAUUGGUUUCCCGGGGGUUUACACUCGUACGACGUCGGUCCGGAAAUGGAUUUCUACAUACCUGCCUUUCUGAAGAAGGUGAAAAAAAGGUGCUGAAAAUAUGACACGGAUACAGAGGAUUUUCCUUCAAUAUCUCCUUAAAAUAUGUACUGUAUGAGGGACUAAAGUCAUGCUAAUAAGCCACUCAUUGAUAGUUUCCACGUGACCUUCUGGUGCUGUUUGUAAUACUGUGCGGUCAUCUGAACUGGGACUAUCAUCGUCUUUAAGGAGAACACUGAGUCGUGGCUUAUGGACAUUUUGCUAGCACAUGCAUUCAAAAUAUUUAUUUCAGUUAUUUAUUAUUUUUCCGAUUGGUAAACUUGAUUUUCAUGGUGAAUUUUUAUUUUCAUUUUGUGUGGGGUUCAGAAUAUAAUGUGGUUCAUUUAUGGGUUGUCUUUUUUUGUAUAUUCUCAGAAAAAAAGACUAAGAUGUAAAUGUAAGAUUUGUGAGUGAAAAGUGGGUUUCUGGGAAAAAUAUAUUUCUUUUUUAAAAAGUUUGUUUGGUAAAUUCCUAGUUUAUUUGUUGAUGUAGAUACACUUGGACUCAAGAGAGGAUUUUGGUUGAUGAGAUUUAUUGAUUACUUCUUGAAAAUGGUUCCUUUUUCUCACAAUCACACUGAAAGUAGCUGUAGUGGCUCUCUACAUAAAGGAAGGAAGAUUGUGGUUCCGAGACAUCUGACAAGCCGCACACACACACACACACACUCCUGAAACAAGCCCACCUCUGUGGAGGGGGCAGAUAGAGUGACAACUAGAAAACAGGUCAGACAAAACAGUUUUGUUCUCCAGGCGUACUUUGAUAUCCGUCUGUUUGGAGGCUUGUGAAUGUCAGGUUCACGGUUGUGAAAACACCAAGUUGCUCAACAAGUCUUCCUUUUUCAUUUUAAGUAGGUCUUUUAAAGAAAAGGCAUGUCAAGGAAAGCCUGGGGGGGUUAUUACUGCCGUGCUGCUUGUUCUCCUGGCACAAUUGUUUAGUCUCUCCGGGCAUAAACACAAUGAAAUAAUGGGCACACUGAGCAGUUUU